AUGAGUGGAAUUGAAGAAAUCGAAUUUAGUAGCAAACCAUUUAAUGAACCGAACGCAGCCACUGAGUCAACAGAAGACAUUGAUGAAAUUGAACCAACAGCUGAAGAGUUGACAAGAUUAAAACACGUUUCUGAUCAAAUACCGUUAGCAGCUUGGCUAAUUAUUGUAUGCGAAUUUUGUGAACGUUUCUCCUUCAUAGGACUCACUGGUCCCUUUCAGAAUUAUAUUGAAUUUCCAAUACCUAUAUCGAAAGGUAAACAGUCGGGUGUCCUCGGCCGUGGACAUCGCACUGCUACCUUAUUAACAACGUUAUUUCAGUUCUUCUGUUAUUUGACGCCUAUAUUUGGAGCUAUUCUAGCUGAUCAGUUCUGGGGUAAAUACAAGACAAUAUUCUUUGGAUGUGUGGCUUAUAUGAUAGGUCUGCUGGUUUUGGUCUUGAGCAGUAUACCGCCCUCGAUUAACGCAGGCCUUGCUUUUCCUGGUUUGAUCGUGGCGAUGUUAAUUAUAAGUUUUGGCACUGGUGGUGUGAAAAGUAAUGUUAGUCCAUUGAUGGCCGAACAAUAUACCAGAACAAAGCCAAUAGUCAAAGAAAUCAGAGGUGAAAAGAAAAUUGUUGAUCCGACAGUAACAGUGCAGUCAAUGUUCAAUUGGUUCUACUGGUCUAUCAAUUUAGGUGGACUGUCAGCAAUCAUUACGACCAAUAUCGAAAAGUAUCAUUCGUUUUGGCUUGCCUAUUUCCUGCCAAUGAUAAUAUUUACCGGCUCCAUUGCGGUUCUAACAUUUGCUCGCCAUCGAUACAUUCGAAAAGCUCCGACGGGUUCAUUGAUUAUUCGUGCAUCUCGCGUGAUAACAAGAGCCAUUCAAAUGCGUAGGAAGCUAAGUAAAGAAGUAAAAUAUCAACAUUUUUUAGAUUACGCUAAAGAAAAUCCACUAUCCUCUACACAUGACGAUACCGAAUCGGUGAUAGAAUCAAAUAACCGUCAAUUCAUCGAAGAUUUGAAACAAGCAUUGAGGGCUUGUCGUGUCUUCGCUUUCUAUCCGUUCUAUUGGAUCUGUUACAAUCAAUUAGGAGGUAAUAUGGUAUCGCAAGCCGCACAAAUGAAUGUUGGUCCUUUACCCAAUGAUCUCUUGCAAAAUAUUGAUCCAAUCGCUCUGCUCAUUUUUAUUCCAAUAUUUGACAAACUCGUCUAUCCUACUUUACGACGAUUAAACAUUAAGUUUGGCUCGAUAUCUCGUAUUACGUGUGGAUUCUUUUGUAUUUCCAUCGCUAUGGCAUGGACUACACUUGUUCAACAUUUAAUUUAUGUGUCGGGUCCAAACUUCAACUAUACAACCAAACCGUGUCCGACAUGUCAAACAUUUAACAAUAUCACUGUUGCUUGGCAAAUUCCAUCGUAUUUUUUCAUUGCCAUCUCAGAGAUCUUUGCGUCUAUUGCUGGUAUCGAGUACGCUUUCACACAUGCACCAUCAUCGAUGAAAUCUGUUGUUAUGUCAUUUUUUCUAUUCACAUCUGCGAUUGGUAGUGCCUUGAGUUUUGCACUUCUACCAAUAACUGUUGAUCCAGAUUUGAUGUGGAUGUAUGCAUCAUUAUCAAUAGUGUCGUUUUUUGUUGGUAUUAUUUUUUUUCUUCUCUUUCGAACAGAAUAG